GCGCAAAUCGAGCUCUCGUCUUUAUCGUCCGGACAGAGCAGCACGUGUGACUGUAGAGUGUUAUCUGCGCCACGCUCUCAUUUAUCUGCUUUAGUGAAGGAAGAAUAGCGUUUAAUCAUGGUGAAGCUAGCCAAGGCGGGUAAAAAAGAGGCACCUCAGAAGAAAAAGGCCCCACCACCUCCGAAAGAAGUAGAGGAAGAAUCCAGCGAGGAAGAGAGCGAUGAGGAAGAGGCACCACCAGCCAAAGCUGCAGUGAAGAAAAAUGCAGCACCUGUAAAAAAAGCAACAGUGAAAAACGGAAGAGCCCCAGCUAAGCAAGAGAGUGACGAAGAUGAUGAUGAUGACGACGAUGAUGAAUCAUCCGAAGAGGAGACUCCACCACCAAAGAAAGCUACACCUGCUAAACCAGCUGCAGCAAAAAAAUCUGCAGCAACCCCCGCCAAGGGAACUCCUGCAAAGAAAGCAGCACCUGCUGAAGAGUCUGAUGAUGACGAUGAUGAUGAAUCUGAGGAGGAAGAUGCACCACCACCCAAAAAAGCUGCACCUGCAAAAGCAGCGACACCAGCAAAGGCAGCGACUCCUGCAAAGAAGGCUGCACCUGCUGAAGAGUCUGAUGAUGAUGAUGAUGAUGACGACGAGUCCGAAGAGGAAGAGGCUCCACCUCCUAAAACGCUGCCGGGUAAAGGUGCUGCCAAAGCACCCGCAGCCAAAGCUCCUGUAGCUGCAGAGGAAUCGGAUGACGACGAGGAUGAAGAUUCUGAGGAUGAGGAAAUGGAUACAACACCAGCACCCAAAGCCCUGGCCAAAAAGGCAGGUAUGGUGAAGGCCAAGGAAGAAUCUGAGGAGGAGGAUGACGAUGAUGAUGAUGAUGAAGAAGAAGCUCCUGUAACUCCAGCAAAGAGAAAAGCAGACAACAAGGACAAGGAAACGCCAUCAGCCAAGAAAGCAAAAAGCGAUGGAGAAGGUUUCAGUCUCUAUCUUGGCAACUUGAACCCGGAGAAAGAUUUCGAUGAAAUUAAGUCUGCAAUCUCAAAAUUCUUUUCAAAGGAAGGCCUUGAAAUUCAGGAUGUGCGUCUUGGCCAGUCCAAGAAAUUUGGAUAUGUUGACUUUGCAUUAGAGGAAGAGCUACAGAAAGCAUUGGAGCUUAAUGGCAAGAAGUUGAUGGGCCUACCACUGAAACUUGACAGAGCCAGAAGUAAAGAAAACUCCCAUGAACACAAGAAAGAGAGAGAUGCACGUACCUUGUUCGUAAAAAAUCUUCCAUACUCCAUAACACAAGAUGAACUGAAGGAGGUCUUUGACCAGGCGAUCGAAGUCAGAAUACCAAUGGACAACAACGGUUCUAGCAGAGGAAUUGCUUACAUUGAGUUUGCGACGGAAGCUGUUGCUGAGAAGAUGAUUGAGGAGGCACAAGGGUCUGAUGUUCAAGGACGCUCCAUCAUUUUAGAUUACACAGGAGAAAAGAGAGGGCAGGGCGGCAGAGCACCAGCUGCUGGUUCAAGCAAAGUUAUUGUUGUAAACAACCUGUCAUUUAAUGCAACUGAAGACUCUCUCCAGAGUGUUUUUGAAAAGGCAGUGAGCAUCAGAAUACCACAAAAUAAUGGCAGGCCGAAGGGAUUUGCAUUCGUGGAGUUUGAUGAUAUGGAGGAUGCGAAGGAAGCAAUGAAGAGUUGCAACAACACAGAGAUUGAAGGCAGAACUGUCAGACUUGAGUUCAGUCAGAGCAGGGAAGAAAGAGGUGGUGGUGGUGGUGGAGGAGGACGGGGGAGCUCUGGACCCACAAAAACACUUUUUGUCAGAGGCUUGUCAGAAGAUACUACAGAUCAGACACUGAAAGGUGCAUUUGACGGAUCAGUCGGUGCCAGAAUCGUCACAGAUCGAGAUACAGGAUCCUCAAAAGGAUUUGGUUUUGUAGACUUUGACAACGAAGAAGACUGCAAAGCUGCAAAAGAAGCAAUGGAUGAUGGCGAGAUAGACGGAAAUAGAGUGUCUCUGGACUAUGCCAAGCCCAAGGGCGAGGGAGGCCGUGGCGGAGGCAGGGGAGGAGGAGGAAGGGGCGGUUUCGGUGGCAGAGGCGGUGGAAGAGGUGGCUUCGGUGGCAGAGGCGGUGGGAGGGGUGGUUUUGGUGGCCGUGGAGGCGGAAGAGGCGGUGGCUUCAGGGGAGGGAGAGGAGGAAGAGGAGGUGGACGAGGUGGAUUUGGCGACAAGCCACAAGGAAAGAAGAUCAAGUUUGACGAUUAAAUCUGUUAUUGAAUGUACUUGUUUCAUCGCUUAAAUCUAUUUUGUCAGAGCGUUUCUAGGACAUUCCAGAAAGCAUCAGUAAUGGAUAACUGUACAGUGACCCCUUUGCUUCCCGUUUUAACUGUGAGUUCUGAAAUGUCCCAACCAUCCAUGUACAUCCUCAUCUGCUUUGUUGAAGAGAGGCUCUUUCAGACAUUUAGUAUGUGAAUGUUGUAAUUUUGCUCUGCCGGUUUAGGUACAUGUUGUACAUGCGACCAGUGUUUCUUUUUUGUUAUGGUGUUACGGUUGUCUUUUUCAACAUAUUUAAUUUCCGGUUUUUUAGGUGAUUUAUGAAAUUAAUGUGCAGUACCUUUUUAAUGUGCAAAGCAUAUUGUAACAAUGGAUUAAGUUGACUCCAAAUAUUUAGACGUGUAGAGCUCAGUGACAGAUUUGAGUGGAAAAGGAUGGCGGUCAAUAAAAAAGAAUUCUGAUUUAUACUAUGAAAUUUGUUUGGCGUGUUGGCCGUUUUAUUUUUUAUCCAAGUCAAACUUGUCAAAAUGUAAAGAACUUACCAUUUUGAUUAAACCGUUUUUAAACUC